AUGUCGUAUCUUCUACCGCAUCUACACUCCGGCUGGGCAGUCGAUCAAGCGAUUCUCGCCGAGGAAGAGCGUCUCGUCGUCAUACGUUUCGGCCAUGAUUGGGAUGAGACUUGUAUGCAGAUGGAUGAGGUGCUUGCAUCAGUUGCAGAGACGAUAAAGAACUUUGCGGUGAUAUAUCUGGUGGACAUCACUGAGGUUCCAGAUUUCAACACUAUGUACGAGCUUUACGAUCCUUCGACGGUUAUGUUCUUCUUCAGGAACAAGCAUAUUAUGAUUGAUCUUGGAACUGGUAACAACAACAAGAUCAAUUGGGCUAUGAAGGAUAAGCAGGAGUUUAUUGAUAUCAUUGAGACAGUCUUCCGUGGUGCAAGGAAAGGUCGUGGGCUUGUGAUUGCUCCUAAAGAUUACUCCACUAAAUACCGCUACUAA